AUAGAAUUAAUGCGCAUGUGCCACCACAGAAAAUGUGUACACAUCCGGCAUGUGAAUGUCCACUGCUGUAAUUUUCACAAAAGUUAAGGAUUCCUGUAUAUUUAAAAAAGGACAAGAUUCACAGAGCACGGACAGCAAUCCACAUAGCAGCAUGGAGACGGUACCAACUGAUUUUAUUGACGGUGAUUUCAGCGAAGAGGACGAUGCAGAUGAAACACCAUGGGCACGACUUAUGCCGCUUGGAGAAGGAUUUGUUACAGUUGAUUUAAAGAAUGAUGACUAUUCCUUCGGUCGCGGAGAGAACUGUGAUGUUUCAUUCAGUAUCCAGAUGGCGAGAACCAAACAGUGCUUUCAGGCUUACAGCAAAGUUCAUUUUAAAUUGAUCAAGCAACAGACAAGUUCUGGGGUGUUUGUGUUCUUAGAAGAUACAAGCAGCAAUGGAACCUUCAUCAACGGGGAGAAAGUCGGCAAAGGAAACAAGCAAGCUUUAAAAAAUAAUGACGAAAUAGCACUUGCUUUGAAGAAAAAUAAAGCUUACAUGUACCUGGACCUCAGUAUGGAUGAGGACGGUACCUUACCCCAGCUGAUCCGAGAUAAAUACACCCUGGGCAGGACUCUUGGAAAAGGUGCGUGUGGGGAGGUGAAAAUAGCAUUCUCCAAAGGUGCCUGUGAAAGAUUUGCUGUCAAAAUUAUAUCAAAGAAGAAGUUUACAGUGGGUGGCAAUAACCAAGUGAAUCUAAGUCAACAAGUUAUGAAUGAAGUUAAUUUAUUGAAAGCAUUAAAGCAUCCAUGUAUAAUAAAGAUAGAAGAUGUGGUAGACACGCCCGAUGUACUGUACAUAAUUCUAGAACUAGUAGAUGGUGGAGAAUUGUUUGACAAAGUUGUCAGUAUUGGUCAAUAUGAUGAACCUACAGCUAAACUCAUCUUCUACCAGAUGGUGUGCGCUGUAAAGUAUCUCCAUGAUGAAGGAAUCACUCACAGAGAUUUAAAGCCAGAGAACAUUUUAUUGGCAACAGAGGAGAAUGAAUCAUUGAUCAAGGUUACAGACUUUGGACUGUCCAAGUUUGUGGAUGCUGGGAGCAUGAUGAAGACUUUCUGUGGGACUCCCUCUUACCUAGCCCCCGAGAUUUUGCUGACAGUGGGGAUGGGGGCAUACACGAAGGCCAUUGACUGCUGGAGCCUAGGGGUCAUCCUUUAUAUAUGUUUGGCAGGUUAUCCCCCCUUCUCUGACGAGAGAGAGGAUAUGUCUUUGGACAAACAAAUCAAGGAGGGGCACUAUACAUUCCCCACGGAAUACUGGAAGGGCAUAUCAGAACCAGCAAUAGACCUCAUUAAAAAGCUACUGACGGUAGACCCAAAGAAGAGAAUAACUUUAGCUGAAGUCGUCAACCACCCCUGGUUCAAGGACGAUGCGAUGAAGAAGAAGGCCAAUAAUUUAAUGUUCCCGGAAUCAGGUGGCAUGGCACCACCGUUAUCCAAGCCUGGAAGAAAGCGGUCUUUAGAAUCUACAGAUGAAUGCUCUGCUGCCAAACGACAAAUUUCCGUAGAAAGUGCUGAAACCAACUCAACUUCUUCACUCCCAAGUACACCAUAACAGUAAAAGAAACAGGUACAUCACCCCUGUCAGGAGACUUAUUGUGUUGCAUACAUCACCCCUGGGAGAAGACAUACAUGUUUUGUGUUUGUGUAUCUGUGAGAGUAGAUAUACAUGUACUGUGUUCAUGUAUAUGUGUUUACAAAGGGACUACAAGUGUACCAGACCAGCUUAGUGAGGACCAAUCAAAUCUACUGUUACAGAAUCUUUGAUACAUUUGUGACAUUGAAUGUUACACCAUGCAUUGUUGGAAUUAACAUAAGCAGUGUGCCCCGGUGGAAACAGAUAUUUACAUUACACCUAUACAUUUUUGUGGAUCUAAAAUUAAAUUUUUGUAUAGUCAAACUUGCCAUAGUGGUCACAUAUCCCAUGUGGUAAUUUAUUUCCUCCCAAUGAUAUUUCCUGUGGUAGCGUAACUAUGUAACAGUCACCUGCUUAAUGUGGUCAACAGUCCCCAAAUUUCAUACCAAACUGCCUUUAAUAACUAUUUUUGUCACCUGACUCACUUAUGGGUUCAUGUUACCAUGGUCACUGCUCAGGUUGUAUGGACAUCAUGAAAACUUUUUGUCCAAUGCAGUUUUUAAAAGUACAGCCAUUCAAACAAAAUUAGAAUGAUUUCAAGCUUUAUAUCAAUUAUUGAUGUGAAUUUAUUUAUGGUAAAAUUUUGAUGUAAUUCUGUCUUCUAUGUAAAUUAAAAUUCUUAAACUUGAUUGCAAAACACAUAACCACCAAAAACUGGAAUAUAUUUGCGUGGGAAAAGUGAACCUUUGUUAACAGUUCUAUAAAGAUAACUCGUUUUUGUUUCCACAGGUGACUGGUAUAUACAAGUUUGACUGUAUUUGAUGGGUUGAUUAUAUUAUUUUUUUUAUCAUGCAGUUUGUUUAGAUGAUUGCUAUAUUCAUGUGUACAGUUAAUGAAUCAAAUGAAAAUGGAAAUAAUUGGUAAAAUUUUAAAUGUACCAUAUAAACCCAAAACACUGUUUUUCUGUGUUCAAGUGCAUUAGAUUUAGAUGUUCCUUACUGUAGAUCACUUCUAUUUAGCAAGACCUUACUUUCACAUGGAUGCAAUCAUACUGUUGUAUUUAUUCAUGAGAAAUGUAACUUUCGCAAAUGAUUACUUAUUGCUGAAAUGUUCUGUGUAAGAGUUUAUUCAUGAGAACUAAAUUAUUUAGUAUGGCUAAUCUCGUGAAAUUACUCAUAAAUAAUAUUCUUUUGAACAAAAUGUGAUUUACAGUACGUUUCUGGAUCAUUGCAUCAUCUGGAUCAUCUUAAAUCCUAGGCAUCAAAAUUUAUAUCGUUGUGAGAAAAGUGAUCUGAAUCUAAAUGUUGAUAUCUAUCAUUAUAGUGUGAAUGUUUCCACGUUUAAUUUGUGUUUAUACUUCUUGUUACCAUGGUCACUGCUCAGGUUGUAUGGACGUCAUCAAAACCUUUUGUCCAAUGCAUUUUUUAAAAGCUCUAUUAUGAAUGUAUUUGGAGAUUAUGAAUUUCCUUGUGUUUUGAAAUUUUUAACCAUUUAUGCACAUUGUUUUCUUUUUCAUAGAGGCAUUUAGUUUUAGAUUUGUAAAUAUUGUACAUUUAGAUAAAUAAAACGCAGUUACACUGCAUACAACUUUG